AUGGAAUAAAGUGUCUGCAUCUGAAUCUGCCUGGCUGAAAUGUAAAUCCACCCAAAAACGUAACUUGAAAGAACUUUACAAGAUAGAACGACGAACCUUUGACAGAAUCCAUCGCAGAAUAAAGCGACAAUUCCAGAAACAAGAACAACAACAUCUAUUGGAUAUAUACAAUGAACCAAAUUCUAGGAACUUUUGGGAUAAAAUUGGAAAAAUUGGCAUCGCCUCAGACCGAAAACAGGAAGUUCCUUGGGAAAUUUUAAAACCAGACAAAACUGUAUCAACAGACAAACAAGAAGUCUUAAAUUAUUGGGCCAACUCAUACAAUGAAUUAUAUUCAGAAAAAGAGGACAAUGUCAACUUUGAUGAGAAUCACUUGAAACAAGUCAAGGAAGAACUCUCCCAUAUUGAAAAUGAUAAUGUUGACCCACUAAGUGCA